UGCAGCUGCUUGUCAGCGGGCAACAUCAGAGGGCGAUUUAAAUACCGUUGUCUUGCACACGUACUCCCUUCGUGAUUUUUGUUGUGAUAUCAGAUUCCAGUAACAAAAAGUUUUUCUAAUUGAUACACUAUGCAGGAAUCGUACCCGGUGAUUGGAAAAGUCCCCACCCACAUCUUGACGUGGGGCAAAUGGAUCGAAGAAUCGCUGGGUGACCACAAGGAAGUAGUCCUCUGCAUCACUGGAAACCCGGGUUUGCCCGGGUUCUACACCCAGUUCCUUUCCACGGUGCACGAAUGUCUGAACAAGGAGAUGCCUGUGUGGGUUAUCGGUCAUGCUGGACAUGACGAAGCCCGGGAUAGCCCCUACAAGAAGCCGGUGCCGCCCAUUGAUAAAAACGAACACCUAUAUAACCUUAAAGGCCAACUACAGCACAAAAUCGACUUCAUUCGUAAAUAUGUUCCGGCCGAUGUGAAAAUUCACCUCAUAGGGCAUUCCAUAGGAUGUUAUCUUGCGUUGGAGCUGCUGAAAAUACCGGACAUCAGCGAGCGAAUUCAACACUGCUAUUUCCUGUUCCCGACCAUCGAACGGAUGGCGGACGCUCGGAAUGGUUUCAUUCUGACCAAGAUCAUAAAUCCGAUAUACUUCGUAGUCCAGUGGUUCUACCGCUGUUUUGCGAUGCUCCCAACCGUCAUCAAGGUUUGGGUCAUUUACUGCUAUUUUGUCCUAACGGGAACCCCCAAAUACUACCUGGGAACUGCCCUCAAAUACACAAAUCCCGCCGUUAUAGACAAGGUAUGGUUCAUGGCCCUGGAUGAAAUGAAAAAUGUCCGCAAUCUGGACGUGGACAUCAUAGAGCAGAACAAACAUCGCCUGAAGUUCUACUACGGAACCACCGAUGGAUGGGUUCCGGUGAAAUACUACAAAGAACUGAAGCAAAAGGUGCCGGAUGCCGAUGCAGAACUGUGCACCAGGAAAAUGGAACAUGCUUUUGUGCUACGCUCGGCAGCCCAGAUGGGAUUUAUGGUGGGCGAGUGGAUCCUCAAGCACCGGGUGGUUAUGUAAGACGCAGUUGUGAUAUGUAUCCAAUAUGUACUGGAAUAUACAUUCAAUAAUCGUACUAUAUAAUACGGGGACUCACUAAACAGUUUAAAUUGCUGCGUAAGCCAUGAUUUUCUGUUAUUUAUUUGAAAUGUUUCAUCAAAUUGUGAAUGUAAUAAUCAAAGAUUGCGUUGGCGAUCGCGACGUUUAAUCAGAAUAAACUUUAAUAAGCGGUUUACGCCUAGGUUUACGCUGUUAAACGAACCCCCUUGAUAAACUUAUUUAUAUAACGAGUUGCAAACCUAGACCUUAGCUGCACGAAACGUGACAAGUUGCAUAAUAAACCAUUUCCGUUAGACCUAAUA